UCAGCGAAUACCGUGUUGUCCGCGAUCAGCCAUGUGUCUUGGUAUCAUAUCCGUAACCUUGGAUACUCGGUCGGGCUGCACGCGGGACACAACAUGGCCGUGCGGGGGAUGCAGCGGUUGUCACCACCUCCACCCCAAAAGCAACCAGUCACAAUGGCCAUCCUACGCGAAAUACGGAGAAGAUGCAACUUCCAGUCAGCCCACGACCGCGUGCUCUGGGGGGCUGCGGUCAUGGGCUUCUUCUUUCUACUGAGGCAGUCGGAGUACCUCGCGGAUGGUACAAAGAUGAAGCCAUACAUUAUUCAAGUCAACGACGUGCAAUUCCUCUCCACGCAAGGGGUCCUGGCUCGCUCAAUCGACAAGGUGGCUGCAGUCUCGAUCAAGUCCCGCGGCAGCAAGUCAGACCAAGUCGGGGCCGGGGCUACGAGAACACUACACAGAUCGGGCUCUGCAUGGCUGUGCCCAGUGCAAGCAACAUGGGAGCUAGUACAGAAUUCUCGCAUGUUCAGCAGCAAUGAAGCUCUCUGUGCUACCGGUACCGGCAAGGUCCUCGCCGCAAAUCGUCUGGCUAAAGCAAUCAAGUGUGCCGCUGCCGCCGCGGGGGCAGACCCUUUGACUUUCGGAACUCACUCCAUGGGGAGCGGAGGGGCGACGGCACUCUUCGCGACUGGGGUCGACAGGCUCACAAUCAAAUUAUUCGGAAGGUGGUUCUCCGAUGCGUUCGAGCAAUACACCAGGAUGAACGAGGCAACAACAAGAUCACUCGCGGAACAGAUGGAAAGAGGGGCCCGGUCACAUGUCAGCCCAGUUACACUGGUUGGGGCUUCGUCCAGCUCCAACACGGAGCUCGACUAG